CCCCGGAUCGGGCUGGGCCGGCGCCCAUGGCGAGCGCGGCCUGCCCGGGCCCGGAGGACCCUGCCAUGUGAGGCAAAGCCCGGGCUGGGGGCCCGGCCAUGGCCGGCGAACGGCCCCCGCUGCGGGGCCCUGGGCCGGGGCCCGGAGAGGCGCCGGGGGAGGGGCCCCCGGGCCCGGGGGGCGCAGGCGGAGGCCCGGGCCGGGGCCGCCCCUCCUCCUACCGGGCUCUCCGCAGCGCAGUGUCCAGCCUGGCGCGGGUGGACGAUUUCCACUGCGCCGAGAAGAUCGGGGCCGGCUUCUUCUCUGAGGUCUACAAGGUUCGGCACCGACAGUCAGGGCAAGUGAUGGUGCUGAAGAUGAACAAGCUCCCCAGUAACCGGGGCAACACGCUCCGGGAGGUGCAGCUGAUGAACCGGCUCCGGCACCCUAACAUCCUAAGGUUCAUGGGAGUCUGUGUACACCAAGGGCAGCUGCACGCUCUCACGGAGUAUAUGAAUGGGGGGACCCUGGAACAGCUGCUCAGCUCCCCCGAGCCCCUAUCCUGGCGGGUCAGGCUCCGCCUGGCUCUGGACAUUGCCCGAGGCUUGCGGUACCUGCAUGCCAAGGGUGUGUUCCACCGAGACCUCACAUCCAAGAACUGUCUGGUCCGCCGGGAAGACCGAGGCUUCACGGCUGUUGUGGGUGACUUCGGGCUGGCUGAAAAGAUCCCUGUGUACAGGGAGGGGGCAAGGAAGGAGCCGCUGGCUGUGGUGGGUUCCCCGUACUGGAUGGCCCCAGAGGUGUUGCGAGGCGAGCUGUAUGACGAGAAGGCCGACGUCUUCGCCUUCGGGAUUGUCCUGUGCGAGCUCAUUGCCCGAGUACCUGCGGACCCUGACUACUUACCCCGGACCGAGGACUUUGGCCUGGACGUGCCUGCUUUCCGCACGCUGGUGGGGGACGACUGCCCGCUGCCUUUCCUGCUCCUGGCCAUCCACUGCUGCAGCAUGGAACCCAGCACCCGUGCUCCCUUCACCGAAAUCACCCAGCACCUGGAGUGGAUCCUGGAGCAGCUGCCUGAACCAGCCCCGCAGCCCAGGACUCCCCUGGCCUACAAUCAGGGGUCUGUUCUAAGAGGGGGUCCCUCGGCCACGCUGCCCAGGCCGGACCCCCGGCUCUCCCGGAGCCGGUCAGACCUCUUCCUGCCCCCAUCACCAGAAUCGCCCCCCAACUGGGGGGACAGUCUGACGCGAGUGAACCCCUUCUCUCUACGGGAAGACCUCAGGGGUGGCAAGAUCAAGCUCCUGGACACACCCAGCAAGCCGGUCACACCCCUGCCCCUUGUACCGCCAUCACCGAUGCCCUCCACCCAGCUGCCCUUGGUGAGCACGCCGGAGAACCUGGUCCAGCCAGGAACACCUGCCCGCCGCUGCCGCUCGCUGCCCUCGUCCCCUGAGCUUCCUCGACGUAUGGAGACGGCACUGCCAGGUCCUGGCCCUCCCGCCAUGGCCCCCUCAGCUGAAGAGAAGAUGGAAUGUGAGGGUAGCAGCCCUGAGCCAGAGCCUCCAGGACCAGCUCCCCGGCUGCCCCUGGCCGUGGCCACAGACAACUUCAUCAGCACUUGCUCCGCCUCCCAGCCCUGGUCCCCUAGAUCAGGACCUCCCCUUAACAACAACCCCCCGGCUGUGGUCGUGAACUCCCCGCAAGGCUGGGCUGGGGAGCCCUGGAACCGGGCUCAGCACAGCCUGCCCCGGGCAGCAGCCCUGGAGCGGACAGAACCCUCGCCACCCCCUUCAGCACCCCGGGAGCCCGACGAGGGGCUACCCUGUCCUGGAUGCUGCCUCGGCCCCUUCAGCUUUGGCUUCUUGUCCAUGUGCCCCCGCCCCACACCAGCUGUUGCCCGCUACCGCAACCUGAACUGUGAGGCAGGCAGCCUCCUCUGCCACCGAGGGCACCACGCCAAGCCACCCACACCCAGCCUGCAGCUGCCUGGGGCACGCUCUUAGCAGUGGGGCCUGUGGUCUCGGGACACCCUGUGAGGACAGAGUGCACUUGCUGGCCAGUGCCAGCCCCAGACGGGCUGACCGGCUCUUCUCCCCGUCUAGGGGAGCCUCAGCGUGGACUUGAGGGACGGAGCACUUUUCCUAUCCGACCCCUGGGCUCGCCCUCCCAUGGGGGUCACUGAACCAGACACAGCAUUGCUGACACACAAGACUAACACGCGCGAUUAUUUAAGAAUAUUUCAAUAAAACUGCCUGGCUGGCCCCGGGCUGCCCUUA